AUGAACCCUCGUAUAGUUUACGCAAACUCGCAAACUUCCCAGCUGCGCCUCACGCGGGUGAGUUACCUGCGCGCCAAGAAGAAGAUCGUGCGCCAGGAGCGGUGCCUGAAGGCCAAGCAGGUGUACCACGCCUACCUGGAGACCACGCUGGGCGGCCUGCGCGCGGAGGCGGAGGAGCUGCAGCGCGAGGUGAAGCAGGCGUCGGAGGCGAAGGCGACGGAGUCGAAGACGUCCCGCCCGCCCACGCGCCGCCGCGUCGCGUCCUGCGUUCGCCGCUCGCAGCGCGCCACCUCGCUGCCGCCCCCGGCGCUGCAAGUGGCCCCGGCCCCUCCCGCGCCGCCCUCCACCCCGGCGUCGCCGUCGGCGCCACAGCAGCAGCAGCAGCCGCCGUCGACGCCGCUGUCGGGGGCGGCGUCGGUGACGGCGUCGCUGGCGCUGGUGCCGCUGCCUCCGCUGCCGCCGCCGCCCGCCCCCGGCGAGGAGCCGGCGCGCGCCAGCGACGACGAGCGCCGCAAGAUGCUGAACGCGCGCCUGCGCGCCGCCACGCAGAACAUCGCCGCGCUCAACAAAAUGGUGAACAACCUGCGCCAGCAGCUGCAGGCCUCCGAGGAGAGCCUGCAGCGCUGCAAGGAACGAUUGAACAGGGUCGAAGCUUGUAAUCAAAAUAGACUGCAACUGGUAGAAUCGUAUAAAGUAAAAACGCAAGAUUUGGAACAGCGUUUGGAAACAGCACUGUCAAAAAGCACAUCACAGUUGCAGACAAUCGAUGCUUUGAGGAAUAAUAAUAGUAAUUUAAAAUGCCAAUUAGCGAAAGUAACGACCCAACGCGAUGACUGUAUUCAAGAGGCAAUCACCGUUAGAAAAACCUUGGAAGAACAACUGGGGCGCAAGACGAGUGAGCUGCAAGCACGCGCCAUCUCUGAAACAGAGCAGAAGAUCCAAGAGGCCAAGCUACACUACGCGCGAUGCACGUCGGAGCAGAAUAGGAAGUUGAAAGAAGCAGCGGAGAAACUCAAUCAGUUCGGGCAUUCUAUUGAGGCACUGGCCCGCGCCGCCACCAUCCUCAACCUCACGCCCACGCAGCUGCACAACUUCAUGGCGGACCCCGGGGACACGAACCGGCGCCGCGAGUUCACGCAGUGGAUGUCGUACUGCCGGCAGCUCUUCUGCCGCGAUGUCUUUUCACAGCUGCUCGCUGAAUUUCUGUUCAAAGUUGUGCUGGCAAAAUUCGAGCCUGACUUCGUCCAAGGACUCACCGACAAGGACCUUAGCUGACAGGACUGGCGGCGCUCACUGCGCUUCAACAAUCAUUCCAUCAGUCGGCUCGUGAGACGGUAUAAUUCGUCCCUGUCUGCAUGUAUUAUUUCUUGAAUACA